UUAUCCUUCUAUGCUGCCUCUCAACUAUCACGGCACAACAGUAGUAUAUUUAUUGUCUUGCUUAUAUUAUUAGGUUCUUGUAGUAAUGAAUGUUUCUUCACAUUGUAGUAAGCUAUGAUACACCAGUGGAAUCUCUCAUUGAUGAACCAACUGCAAGUUGCUUUCUGGAAGUGUCUAAACAUUUAGAUGAAGAUGAUGAUUUAGGAGACAACUGGAGGAGGUUAUGGUCUGAGCUGUUAAACAGACCUCUUAAUGAAGACGUAGUGAGGAAGAGAAGUGAGGGCCCUACUUGUUUUCUACUGAAGCAAUGGUGCAGGAUGAAACCUCCCAGUGAAGCUACAAUAGGACGACUAAUGAAGGCUCUCAAUGCAAUAUACAGAAAUGAUGUUGCUCGUGUGCUAGAGAAACAUGGAGCUAUACUACAACAAGGUUGUAAUGCUGACGAGGUGAAACCAGAAGAGUUAAGUCGUCUUGCUAAAUGCAUAAAAGCAUGUUGGAAAGACGUUGCCUUAACUUUAGCUCCAGACCUUUUCACAGUUACAGGAGAAAUCAGUGCAAUAGAACGUGAGCAACCUGGUUCUCUAUUGGUUCAAGCUAAAACCAUGUUGGAGAUCUGGAAAAACCAACUUGGUGUCAACGCUCAACGUUAUUCACUAAUCAAAGCAUUACUUGACUUGAGACUGAGAGUUCAGGCAAAUGAAGUAUUUGGAGAAGAUGUUGUGGGAAAGGUGGCAGCACAGCAGUGAAUGGUGCAAAACAAGUGGGAGGCAGUUAGUAUCAACAACAGUUGCAUAAACAUUGAAAUGACUUUACUUUGGAUUUGCUGUUCAGAGCAUAAGUAUGAUGGACGCAAGUCUUGAUCAGUACGAGCAGCGACAUUCAAGGCACUAGAUGAUCUAGUGAACUGUACAUAUGUCUUAUAAUAGGGAACGUUCGUGAGGCUGCUAGUUGCAGUAAUGUAUUUAAUAUGCUAGACUUAUCAUCUAGUCAAGUGUAACUAGACUAUUGCUGUUAGUGUUUGAGUGGCACAUAUAUAGAUUGCGUUAGACCGUCUGUCAUUAGAUGGACAUGAUUGUACAUACUCAUUGAAAUCUUGUAUUAUCUCACAAUAGAAAAUUGACAUCAUCAUUCA